AUGAGUGAACAGGCCACUCAUUUUUCAUUUCCACAAGAGGAGGAGAAAAUCCUUGCGUUUUGGAAUGAAAUUGACGCUUUCCAAACGUCUCUGAAAUUGACCGAAGACAAACCUGAGUUCUCGUUUUUUGACGGACCUCCUUUCGCUACUGGUACACCCCACUACGGCCAUAUUUUGACUUCUACUGUCAAGGAUGUUGUUCCAAGAUACGCUACCAUGAACGGUUACCACGUUGAGAGAAGAUUUGGCUGGGACACUCACGGCCUUCCUAUCGAGCACAUCAUUGACAAGAAGCUAGGAAUCACUUGCAAGGAAGAUGUGUACAAGAUGGGUAUCGACAAGUACAAUGACGAAUGCAGAGCCAUUGUAAUGACAUAUGCUGAAGAAUGGCGUAAAACCAUCGGGCGUGUGGGACGUUGGAUUGAUUUCGACAACGAUUACAAAACCAUGUAUCCAUCCUUCAUGGAAUCGACCUGGUGGGCUUUCAAGCAACUUUUUGAAAAGGAUCAGGUCUACCGGGGGUACAGAGUCAUGCCUUACUCCACAGGCUGUACCACUCCUUUGAGUAAUUUCGAAGCUCAGCAAAACUAUAAAGAGGUUAACGACCCUGCCGUCACUUGGUCUUUCAAAGUCAUUGGCAUGGACAAAACUUACUUGGUUGCUUGGACCACUACCCCAUGGUCGAUUCCCUCGAACUUGGCCCUUUGUGUGAACCUAGAAUUUGAGUACGUUAAGAUCUACGAUGAAACAAGAGACAAGUACUUCGUCUUGCUCGAAUCUUUGAUCAAGACCCUUUACAAGAAGCCUGAAAAGGAGAAGUACAAGGUCGUUGAAAAAAUAAUGGGUAAAGACUUGGUGGGCCUCAAGUACGAACCAACUUAUCCUUACUUCAAGGAAGCUUACCAAGACAAGGCCUUCAGAGUCAUUGCCGACAGCUACGUGAGCGCAGAUUCGGGUACUGGUAUCGUCUCCAACGCACCUGCCUUCGGUGAGGACGAUUACAGAAUUUGUCUCGCAAACGGUAUUAUUUCCGAAGAUGACGAGCUGCCAAAUCCGGUCGAUGAUGCAGGUAAGUACACUUCGCCCGUUACCGACUAUUUGGGCAUGUACGUUAAGGAUGCUGAUAAACAGAUCAUCAAGGAUCUAACUGCAAGCGGAAUAAUGAUCAACAAUACUCAAGUUAGACACAGUUAUCCAUUCUGCUGGAGAUCUGACACACCAUUGCUUUACAGAUCGGUUCCUGCGUGGUUCGUUCGUGUCAAGCCUAUCAUUCCUACCUUCUUGGAAUCUGUUGACAAAUCUAACUGGGUGCCAAAUGUCAUCAAGGAGAAGAGAUUCGCUAACUGGAUCGCCAAUGCUCGUGAUUGGAACGUGUCUAGAAACAGAUAUUGGGGUACACCUAUUCCAAUCUGGGUUUCUGAUGACUACGAAGAAAUUGUCUGUGUCGGUUCGGUGCAAGAGUUGAAAGAACUAUCUGGUGUCGAAAACAUCGAAGAUCUUCAUCGUGACACUGUGGACCAAAUCACAAUCCCAUCAAAGAGAGGUAAGGGUACUCUCAGAAGAAUUGAAGAAGUCUUUGAUUGUUGGUUUGAAUCCGGUUCUAUGCCGUACUCUUCCCAGCACUAUCCUUUCGAAAACCAAGACAAGUUUAAAGAAAGAGUGCCUGCGAACUUUAUCUCUGAAGGUUUGGAUCAAACAAGAGGUUGGUUCUACACACUUGGUGUCUUGGGUUCGCAACUUUUCGGUCAAGUGCCUUACCAGAACGUUAUUGUUUGUGGUAUCGUUUUGGCCGCUGAUGGCAGAAAAAUGUCGAAGAGUUUGAAAAACUACCCAGACCCCAAUCUGGUCUUGGACAAGUACGGUGCGGACGCUCUCAGACUAUACCUCAUCAAUUCGCCUGUUUUGAAGGCUGAAUCGUUGAAAUUUAGAGAGGAUGGUGUUAAGGAAGUUAUCUCUAAAGUACUACUACCAUGGUGGAACUCUUUCAAGUUCUUGGAAGGUCAGAUCGCCUUGCUCAAGAAAACUUCGAACAUUGACUUCAAAUACAAUCCUGAUCUAAAAAGUGACAAUGUUAUGGACAAAUGGAUUUUGGCGUCUUUGCAGACAUUGAUCAAGAACAUUCACGCUGAAAUGAAAGCAUAUAAGCUCUACUCUGUUGUUCCAAAGCUCCUAGACUUCAUCGAUCAGCUAACGAACUGGUACAUUCGUUUGAACCGUCGUCGUUUGAAGGGUGAAAGUGGCGAGAAGGACUGUUUGCAGGCUCUAAACUCACUUUUCGAUGCUUUGUUCUCAUUUGUCUGUGCUAUGGCCCCAUUCACUCCAUUUUUGUCAGAUAACAUUUAUCAAAGAUUGAGAGAAUAUAUGCCAGAAGAUGUUUUGAGCAGAUAUUGCAAAGACAGCAGAUCCGUGCACUUUUUGUCAUACCCUGAGGUUGAUGAGUCGCUGUUCAACGACGACAUCGAAAGAGCAAUGGCAAGAAUGCAAGCCGUGAUCGAUUUGGGUAGAAACAUUCGUGAAAAGAAGACCAUUUCUUUGAAGACUCCUCUAAAAAGUCUAGUUAUUUUCCACAGUGAUCCUCAGUACCUAAAGGAUGUGGAAGCUCUUGCUUCAUACAUUGUGGAAGAACUCAACGUUCGUGACUUGAUCAUCACUUCGGAUGACGCCAAAUACAACAUCGAGUACAAAGCCGCCGCCGACUGGCCAGUGCUAGGUAAAAAGCUAAAGAAGGACGCCAAGAAGGUGAAGGCUGCUUUGCCAAAGGUCACUUCGGAAGAAGUGCAAAGAUACGUCGAGAGCGGCAAGAUUGUGGUGGACGGAAUCGAGCUUGUUCAAGGCGACUUGACCGUGAUGAGAGUGCUAUCGGAAGACCUUGGCGACAGCGGCCUAGAGACCAGAACCGACCAAGAUGUUUUGAUCAUUCUAGACACGAAGAUCUACCCAGAGUUGAAGACUGAAGGUUUGGCCAGAGAAUUGGUUAACAGAAUUCAAAAACUCAGAAAGAAAUGUGGUCUUGAAGCGACCGAUGACGUUCUAGUCCAAUAUGAGCUGGUCAAGGACACUAUCGAGCUUUCGAAGGUCAUUGAGGCCCACUCCGAGAUGUUGACCAAGACUUGCCGGUCUCAAAUCACCGAAUAUGACGGGUCGCAGAAGGCCGAAAUUGCAGACGAGGAGCAAACGAUUAACGACGCUAUUUUCAAGCUAAAGCUAUUCAGACUAUGA